GUCUACGGUGGCUCGAUCUGUUCGUUUCAUAGCGGCAGUUUUUGCUUAUUGAUUGAUCCAUUGAUUAAAAAUCCCGUUAUAUGAAUAAACUGUUGUAUUUAUUUGAUUUAUUCAUCAAACAAAUAAUUGUGGUAUCUGUGAGGAACAAAAGCUGUGAAACAACAAAACCAAGAUGCACAAAUUCCCGAAAUAUAUGAACGUACAUACACGCACAACAUUGCAGCGUGAAUCGGCACUGGCUUUUUGCCAAAACCGUGAGUCCGAUGCAAUAUUCUUUUCUACCGAAGCGCUUUGUUCAGGGAUCCAUAGGAAGUUUGACGAUGAAUGCAGGAAGCUGACUCCAUGUGACAAUGUUUUGUCUUCUUUGGUAAAAGAACUUAAACUUCAAGUUGAAAGGGAACCAACGGGUCCAGACCCAACAACAGGAUUUGCGGAUCUGCACCUCUGCUGUCAGCAACUUCCAGAGGAGUGGACUGUGUUUCAAAUAAACAAAUGCUAUACACCUCGUUGGAAUUCGCUCACCCACCAACAGAUGCUGGAAGAAAGGACUUGUGUGGAACUGAUUCUUCUCAAAUAUCCCAAUUCGGAACUGUUGGGAGGAGAACCUAUACUGAUCCGACUGGAUCCACCGGAUGAAGCAGACUUCUUCUCGGUCAUGUCAUCGAUCCCGGUCGAGGUGAAGUCUUUUCUCGAAGAAGAGGUCAAUUCGGGGUCACGAAGGCAGGACGAAAUUGAAUCUCACAUCGGUGGAAUAAUUGACCGGUUGGUCGGAUGGUUGGGGCCGUGGAUUGUGUUAUUUAGCGGGAAAUUUAUCUCACAUCGGGAUCAACAGUUUGAGGCCGAGAUUUUCAAUCGAGUAGAAGAUUAUUGCAUUAUGAACAAAUGGAGCAAACGGGAUCAAUUGUUGAUGUCGCUCCUGGCACGACGAUUGGAUCUAGUGGAUUUGAAAACUAUAUACCGAUUCUGUUGCGAUAUGGUUGUAGAUGAACACCAACUCAAGGGGCUAUUUGAAUUUUUGGCCGGGCUAAAGGAAACUAAGUUCGAUGUAAUGUUCAGUGCAAAUUGUUUCCCUUGCUUGCUAAUCGUGGAUGAGCUAGUCGAUAGUUACCCAUGGGAAAUGAUAAACGCUAGUCAGGAAUUCUGCCGGUUGGGAUCCUUACGCUUACUGAAGCAGUUGUAUGAAGCAAACAAAAAUAAAAUCAAAAAUGGAUAUCUAAGAGUUCCGGUGUCAAACUGCCAUAGCAUUAUUAAUCCAGAUAACAAUUUGACUAAGAUGAGCACACGUCUACAGGCUUUCUAUAAGGAAUGGUAUCAAGAUUUUGAACUAAUUAUUGAUACUCCACCAACAGAUAGCGAAUUCAAUAAUAUAUUACGUGAAGCUGACGUUAUGAUCUACAACGGUCACGGCACCGGUCUUCAGUUCAUCGACGGUGAAACGAUCCUACAGCAGGACAUAAAAAGUUUGAUUUUCCUGUUCGGCUGCGACUCGGUUCGAUUGUUUGCAAAUGGUCUUUUCAGAGACAUGGCCGGUAGUCAUCUGUACUACAACAUCGCAAAAUGUCCCACUGUGGUGGGCGCUCUCUGGGCUUUGACAGAUUACUUCACCGAUUACUACUCGAUCCUUUUGAUCGGUCAGUGGAUUCCAACUAGGAAUCCUAAAUUCCGUGAACAUUCCGUUUUCGAUUUGGAUUCUUCAGCGUUCAAACAUGGAAAACUGGUAGUAACUAAGAAGACCCAAUCCAAAUUAGGCGAUGAAAACUUGCUGGCAUUGAUGGCUCAAUUUAGGAAGCGGAAUUGGCUUCCAAAGCGAAUACGAUGUGCAAUGGUCUGCCGUGGCCUACCGGUAGUAAAUUCAUCAUAUUAAAAAUAAUGUUAUUCUACAUCCUAUAAAAUAAAUUUCAUACUCACACAA